AUGGCAUUCGCUGGAAAAGAUCCACUAAGAGCUCCAAUAUCUCUUGCUCUAGACAUAGAGGUGUAUGCGAACUCGAUCGAGUCGGUCUACAGAGGACUUGGUCGAGCUAGACUUACAACGGGUAGAAAGAGGGUUCAGAGGUCACAGAGGGUACAAGAGGAACCUGAGGUGCUUGUUGCUGAUACAAUGGAUGUACCAGAGGGGAAUGGAAACCCUUUGGGUAAUGGACUCGGUCGAGCUAGGCAAACUCGACCGAUUGGUCAAGGAGAUGCUCCAAACCGCCACCAACAGAGACAAGGGAUUGUUCCACCACCAGUGCAGAACCACAACUUUGAGAUCAAGCUGGGAAUGAUCAACCUUGUCCAGAACAAGAUGUUCCAUGGAUUGCCAAGUGAAGACCCCAUUGACCACCUUGAUGAGUUUGAUAGGCUUUGUGAUUUGACAAAGAUCAAUGGUGUCUCUGAAGAUGCCAUCAAGCUGAGACUCUUUCCUAUGUCUCUAGCUGACAAAGCUCACCAAUGGGAGAAGAGCUUGCCCCAUGGCACAAUCACCACUUGGGAUGAAUGCAAGAAGGCCUUUCUUGCUAAGUUUUUCUCCACCGGUCGCACAGCCAAGCUUAGAGGAGAGAUAUCCAGCUUCAUCCAGCGAAACAAUGAGACAUUCGCAGAGGCUUGGGAGAGGUAUAGGGAGAUGCUAGACACAGCUAGCAAUGGGAACUUCCUCAACCAGGAUGUAGAUGAUGGCUGGCAACUUGUGGAGAACAUAGCUAACUCAAAUGGAAGCUAUGGAGAAGAGUAUGAUCGCACCAACCGGAGCUCGACCCACCACUCGAUCGAGUCAGACGAAAAGUUGAGAAAAGAUGUUAAGGCAUUGAAUGAGAAGUUGGAUAAGCUGAUCCUAGCUCAGUCCACAAUGAAGAAAGUCAACUUUGUGUCUGCUGAGGAGAUGGAACCAGUCCAAGAAGGGGAGGAUACACAAUUUGCUGAGGUGUGCUACAUGAGCAAUGGGCAAGGAGGUUACAACAAAGGAUACUAUAAUUACAAGUCCAACCCUGCCAUGUCAUACCGCAACACUGAUGUUGCUAACCCUCAGGACCAAGUAUAUCCUCAACAACAAGCAGCUCGAUCGAGUCAGGUGCCACAACAUGGGUAUGGUCAAAAGAACAAUUACCAAGGACCACAAGGCACUUUCCCUGGACAACAAAUGAAUAUCCCACCAGGCUUCCCCCACCAACCGCCCCAGCCUGCACCUUCACAAGAGAAUGAGCUCAAGGCAAUGCUAAAGCAACUACUUCAAGGGCAAGCUGAUGGGGUAGUGGACACAAGCAAGAAGCUAGCUGAAAUAAACUCUAAGAUCGAGAACCUCAACACAAGGGUUUACUCUCUGGAGAAUCAUGCUUCUUCUGUUGCUGCUGCUACAAAGCAAGGACAACUACCUGGUAAAGCUAUUCAGAACCCCAAGGAACAGUGCAAGGUCAUCUUCACUCAAGAAGGACUUGUUGAAGAAGAGGAUCAAGAAAGGGUCAUUGAAGAUUUUUGUUUACUGCUGAAUGAUGAAGAGAUUGUUGCUGCUGAGGCUCCUGGAGUCCAGAUUGAUCAACCAGAAGUGCAUGCACCUACUGUGGCCAUUCACACUUCACCAGUUGAGCUCGCACGACAAGCUCGAUCGGCAGCUCGAUCGAGUCCAACUCUAGCUCGAUCGAGUCCGACCUCUUCUGUCCGACAGCCUGUUUUGCUUGAUCCUUAUCAACCGGUUGCCGCUUCCUCGUCUCGCCUACUUAGUCAAGGUCACAAGGAAGUGAUUCACAAGUUCAGAAGAGAUCUCAGUGGGAUUGGAAUUGAGUUGCCUCCUAUGGAUAGCAUGAGUGAGGCAUUUGAUCAAAUGCAAAUGGUCAAGGAUGUUCUAGCCAACAGUGAUAAAGUUUCAGAGGUCCUACAAGAGUCUACUCAUCAGUUCAACCUGCUUACUUCACCCACCUUCCUACCAAAGGUCAAGGAUCAAGGGAAAUUCACUCUCCCUUGCACACUUGGGCAUCUUGAGAUUGACAAUGCCUUAGUGGAUUCUGGAGCAAGCAUCAAUCUGAUCUCUCUCUCCAUGGCAGAGAAGCUAGGCAUUGCUGGAGCCUUGCAGCGCCCUACUACUUCAAUCAUGUUUGGAGAUGCAACUUCUAAGUCUCCUCUUGGAGUGUUCAAGAACUAUCACUUGAAAAUUGGAGAAUGCAUCAUCCAAACUGAUCUCACUGUGAUGGAAAUGGAAGAAGAGAAGGAUUUACCUCUGUUAUUGGGAACCCCUUUCCUUAGUACAGUUGGCGCUUCAAUAGACUUUCACAAGCAAGAAGUGAUCCUUCACAAGGUGAAUAGUUUGGUGUCAUAUCGCUUGCAGCCUAGAGGUUCAGACUUUUGUGCCACAAUUGACAGUACCACUCUCAGUUCUAAGAGUCAUGGAGCUACAAAGGUUGUGAAGGAAAGGUUGACAAGGAACCAAGAGUUGGGAAGGAUAAGGAUGAGAGAGGACCAAGGAUUGAGAAGCCACGUCUUGAGAGGGCUAGAGUUGAGAAACCACGUCUGA